AGUUAAUGUAAGUAUUUCUUAAGUCAACUCGCAAUAGAAUUAUGAAUGCAUAUUACGUUGCCUGUUAUGGACUUAUUUCAUUGACGUUCUCCUCAGUUCUUGCGUUGCAAUGCUAUCGAUGUUCCAGUGCAAUCAACGGAGCGUGCGACGACAAAAAUUUAGUUUCUGCGCAACUGACACAAUGCGUAUCGUCUGGUCCACUCCGAGAAAGAUUUUGUUCCAAAGUGACAACUAGCGGGCCAAGCCAAGCAACUAUGAUUAUGCGAACUUGCAGUGUAUCAGACGUGAAUGAUUGUCGGAACAUAAAUGGAAACACUGAAUGCACAACAACUUGUACUUCCGAUGGUUGUAACAAGGGUUUUACCAUACGACCAGUUGUGAUGAGCACAAUUUUAUGGAUAUUUCUUGUUAUUUUGGUUACUGACCUAAUGUCUUGAAUUUAUGAUGAAGAUACCCUGUCACAGAGUCGCACUAGUGUACUAUUGGUCAAUCACCAUUGACGUAUAAUGUACAAACAGGGUGACUUCACCACAAUUUUCUAAAUUUUCCACCGAUUCCUAUGCAAGUUCCGUGCAGUUGUCACUUUCUGGACAAAAUUGAACUUAAUCUGAUUCACAAUCAGUGUCGGACCAAAGUUUGCAUCCCACUGCAUCGUAAUUUUCAUAGCGCGCGCACACGUAUUAUUAACAAACGGCAGUGGAGACUAUUUUUGGGUUGACUACAAUUCCAAACCAUAUAGGGCGAUAACGCCUUAAUCAUUUCGUUGGAGGUGUGGAUGUAGCGUUUCAAGAGACGACCCAUCUCUAUAGUCCACGCGAAACAAAGACCAUUUUUCGACAGAAGAGAAUUUAAUUUACUGUUAAUAUUCAUUUUCACCUUUCAAAUAUAUACAACUACGAAAUUUCGUA